AUGGCUCCGGAUACGAGCGGCAUCGUCAAUCUUGAGGAUGGUUCUCAUCCCAACCUCAACUUAUCGAAGUUGAACAACGAGGCACCGUUUUUCAAGCUCUUGUCCAAGGACAUUCGUCUUAUGAUCUACAAGCUUGCGGUUCGUGAGGAGAACCCGAUCAAGCCGCAGCAGGUCAAGGCUCAUUCCAACAAGUUCGUUUGGGGAGGCUAUGAAUUGGAUGCCAAUAAGGAGAAGAAGCCCACUGGCCAACAGCUUACGACCGUCUCACUCUCACACACCUGUCGUGCGAUUUAUAGUGAGCUUGAGGGUUGGUGUCCUUUCUACCGCGUGAACGAGUUUCAGUUUGAUCAGGAUGCACUUGAACUCCUAGCUUUCUUGUCGGCCAUCGCACCGCAACGCCGAAGAAACAUCCGUUAUAUCAACAUCCACCUCCUGACUCCCGGGUUCGCCUAUCGAUCUUUUGAUGGCAUGUGGUGGCCUACCCGCGAUUCUUUGUGGCGCAUAAAGCAGGAAAGACGUGUAAGCAAGCAUAUCUAUGCUCUACUUGGUCAGUGUGAUGAACUCAAGAAGCAUGAGUUAUCCGUUACCUAUGACUUCCGCCAGGUUGAAACCGAGCAGACCGUCUUUGCCCUGCUGAAAUGUCUGGCCUGGGCCCGAGAGCCGUUGGAUGAGAAAUAUGUGAGAGUCGUGCAUGUACGACGACUCCGACGAAGCGAAGCUCCAAACUCGAUGUGGAGCUUGCCUUUCUUCACUCCCCGAUUCAUCGUCGGCGAGACUGUCAACAUCCGCCGACAACGAACCGGUUUGAACGGCCCUCAGUGGUUCGACGACAUGGCCAACAAUCAUGGAUUCUACGUAGACGCCGUUGCGGCGGCUCACAUCCACUUUCCAGGAGACAGACGUAUUCCUUGCGACAUCAUGAACAGUUCCGGUCCCGUCUCAACUCGUACGAGAAGCAUGCGCCGCCUACCAAACUCAGCAGGUAUUGCGGGACAUCCUACAUCCUUGUACAACGCGGAAGGUAUUUUGAAGGAGCCAGAAAUAGUAAAGGCGAAGGAAGGCCUCUCUAUCGUUGGCAUUCGCUGGGGUGGGGAGGAUGUGCAAUGCAGAUUUGUGUCCAAGUAUCCCGGCGUUCUACCCGCCGAUCCCUGGGUGAACCUCAACGCCCUCCGCGCACCUCAAUACGAGAAGCGAAUCCGUCACUACUACAACGAGAAAGUACUUUCUUACACAGAGAUUUACCAGCAACUUGGUACCACGGCCGCGAAUGUCGUCCCGGCUCAGAUUGCGGCUCUAUAUCAGGUAGCGAGAGCCAUUCCAACCCCGGCGGAGACCCUGAAGGCUGCGGGCGGAAUCGAAAUGUUCUACACUGACCGUAUGUAUUCACUACGACACAAGAACGGACCUAACAAUGGUUACCAAAGGAGAUGGGCGAUCCUUGAACGCAAGUGGCAGAAUUACCUGUCUCGACUGUAUACCGUUUGGUAUUGUUCAGUCUGAGCUAACGGCGCUCUGGAUACCCCUUAAGGCGAUACGUAUUUUCUAUAAAGAACACCUAGGGAUCUGAGAAGGGUACACUUUGUGUUUGAGAAGGUUGCAUUCUGUAUCCGAGAAUGGUACAUUGGUUCAUCCGAAACAUCUUGAUGAGUUUUCGCCCUUUGCGCAAGGGCUCUAGCUCUUCACACUCUACCGUCAACGAAACUCUGGCCGUCCUGCGCUGGCACUGAAAUUGUAUUGUAUUGUUAGAAACCAUGUAGCUAGUUCGCGGAAUGCGUCGCUCGCGAGGCACCGCUAUUAAUUGACCUUGAUGCAUCUAAUUGG